UCUUACAUCGUCACACAGCAGACUCAAACUUCUUAUGGAUGGCGCCUUAGCCUUCAGCGAUGUCGGUUAACACCUAUGCAUUUCGGAGAGCCAGUAGAUCAAUUAAAUGUUGACAUUCAAUUUCAACAAAGUAAUCGCUUAAGAGUCAAGAUCACCGAUGCUAAUAUUAAACGCUACGAGGUUCCAAUUCCUCUACCGGAAAUGAAAGACGGCGAUCAAGCUGCUCAAAGUCGUCUUUAUGAUCUAAAGGUUAAAGCUAAUCCGUUUUCAUUUCAAGUUAUCCGCAAGGAAACCAACACAGUUAUUUUUAAUACUGAACGUGGUGGCUUCAAAUAUGAAAAUCAAUUUCUACAGAUUUCAUCCAAACUUCCAUCACGAUAUUUUUACGGCUUAGGUGAACAUGAACACCGGCAAUAUCUUCACAAUAAUUUUGAUUGGAAGGCUUGGCCACUCUUUACCAAAGAUGAAUUUCCAACGGCUGAUUUAAAUUUAUACGGUGUCCAUCCAUUUUACCUCAAUAUUGAAGACAAUGAUGCUAGAAGUAACGCUGUUCUUUUCUAUAACAGUAAUGCAAUGGAAAUUAUUGUUACACCAGCUCCAGCUAUUACUUAUCGCACUAUCGGAGGUGUUUUGGACUUUUUCAUCUUUCUUGGUCCUGAUCCAGCUGCAACCAAUGCUCUCUACAUACAAACCAUUGGAAUGCCGUACUUCCAACCCUAUUGGGCUCUAGGAUUCCAAUUAUGCCGAUGGGGCUACAUGCACAUCGAUGUUGUUAAAAGAGUUGUUUCUGAAAUGCGUGAAUAUGAUAUACCUCAAGACAUUCAGUACGGUGAUAUCGAUUACAUGAGACAUCGGCUUGAUUUUACAUAUGAUAGAGUUCGAUUUAAUGGGCUACCGGAAUUUGUUAAGCAGUUACAUGCUGAUGGUCUACAUUACAUAAUCAUCCUGGAUCCCGCAAUUAGCGAUAAUCAAACCAAAGGUACUUAUCCUCCUUUUGAUAAAGGCCAAGAAAUGGGAGUAUGGGUAAAUGAUAGCAGAGGAGGAUACUUGGUUGGUAAGGUAUGGCCUAGAGGAAAUGCAUCGUUUCCAGAUUAUACCAACCCUAUUACGCAUAAAUGGUGGGAAGAUUUAAUUAUAGACUUUCAUAAAGUUAUCGAAUAUGAUGGACUAUGGAUUGAUAUGAAUGAACCAGCUAAUUUCGUUGCCGGAUCGCAGACUGGCUGCCCAAAUAAUAAGUGGAAUUAUCCUCCCUAUCGUCCAAAAAGCUUGUCUGGAAACUUUCUCUUCACUAAAACGUUAUGUAUGGAUGCUAAACAAUAUUGGUCAGAUCAUUAUAACGUUCAUAGCUUGUACGGAUACAGCGAAACUGAACCCACAUUAAUUGCGGCAAGAAAGGUCCUGAAUAAGAGAAGCAUGGUACUUUCACGUUCUACUUUUGUUGGAAGUGGUAAAUUCACAGGUCAUUGGCUCGGUGAUAAUAACGCGUGGUGGAGUCAGCUGGCAUAUUCUAUUAUCGGUAGUUUUGAGUUUGGCAUGUUCGGAUUUUCCUAUGUUGGUGCAGAUAUUUGCGGAUUUUUUGGAAAUUCGACAGCAGAUUUAUGUAAUCGUUGGAUGCAACUUGGUGCGUUUUAUCCAUUUUCUCGAAAUCAUAAUGCAGAAAACUAUGAUCACCAACAUCCUCCGAAAUUUGGGCCAGAAGUUGCAACUAAUUCACGUACAGUUUUGUUAAUCCGUUACCGGCUUUUGCCUUAUCUAUAUACAUUAAUGCAUGAUGCUUCUACCCUGGGUACCAUCGUUAUGAGACCCUUUAUGAUGGAAUGGCCGAAAGAUAUUACUGCAAGAGCAAUAGAUAAGCAAUUCCUUUGGGGAAGUGGACUGAUGAUAACGCCAGUAUUGCUACAGAAUACCACUUCGGUUAGAGGUUAUAUCCCAGGUGCUCGCUGGUUUGACUACCGUACUGUAAAAUUGCCCAAGAACGCUCGGUUAACUUUUCAAACUUUCGAUGCUCCUCACAAUUACAUUCCUCUCCACACGCGCGGUGGUGUCAUAAUUCCUAUGCAACAACCAGCCAAUAAUACAGUAUUUUCGCGUCAAAAUCCUUUUGAAUUACUAAUAUCUUUGGAUGAUGAUAAUACCGCUACCGGAAAGUUAUUUUGGGAUGAUGGCGAUUCUAUU